AUGAAUUCUACUCCCCUAGAAUUUCUUGAUCUUAACUGCAGUGCACGUGAUAUCGAGGAUUAUUUUGAACGUUUUGAGAUUUGGUGGUUGACCCAUUCAAAGUCCGAUGAGGAUAGGAAGUCCGCUUUCUUUUUAAAUGCUGCCGGUAAAAAUGCUUAUACAUUAAUCAAAAACGUGGCUUAUCCUUCUCCACCUGUUUCCGUACCGUAUGAUGAUUUAAAAGCCCUCCUCCUCCAGCAUGUGAAGCCAACAAACUUCGAAGCCUCAGAACGAGCAAAAUUUCAUUCCAUGGUAAGCAAUUCGAAUCCGGGCAUCCGUGAAUUCAUCCUGGAUUUGCUCACUCAAGCUGCAAAGUGUGAUUUUGCAGAUUUACUGGACAUGCAAUUGAAAGAUCGGCUGAUCGCUGGCAUCAAAAAUACCGUUUUGCAAAAUGAACUUCUGAAGCUAUUUAAUCCGACGUUCAAAGAUGUGCUGGCUUACUGUGAACAACAUCAGGACAUUCGCGCCACUACUUCAUCUAUGCCAUCCACUAUUGAAUCUACAGCCAUGUUCAAUUCACUGAAGGCUGAAUCCACGAAAGCUCAUGCUACAGCCGAACGUUUCAAACCAGUCACACAAUCUAACUCACACAAUGUGACAUAUUCGGAUAAAUCCUAUGGCAAUUGUGCAUCCUGUGGCAAACGUCAUUCCAGAUUCACAUGUCGAUUUCGUUACGCUUCAUGUCAUAAGUGUGGCAAAACUGGCCAUAUUCAGUCUGUUUGUCGCAGUACCAAAACCUGUCGUUUAAUUCAAGCCCGAAACUCAGAAGUGAGUGAUAUGGCCGAACAUUUUUCUUUUUUAUCUUUGGCAAUUACCUCUCAUUCCGGUCGCAUCCGUAAACGACUAUUCAGCUCCACUGGUCAUUCGCUUCAUUUCAUUUUGGAUACUAGUAGUGUGGAAUCUCUAAUUUCUGUUCACGAUUUAAAACUGUUUGCUCGAGAUGCUAAACUUCAGCCGUCCACUGUCACCAUUAAUGGCAUCACUGGACACUCAUUGCCUGUUAUUGGUUCUUGUGAGAUUUCAGUCAGUGAUGAACAUUCUAAAACUGUUACUUGUACAUUUAUUGUAACCAAAUCUGGCCCAUCCAUACUAGGCUUGAAAGCCAUGCAA